AUGGGUCAUUCUAAUUCAAAACCAGGUUCGUUACUCGACACGGUGUAUGGGAGUUACGUCAGCAAGGACAUUCUCAAGGCGGUUAACGAAAACGGCGUGGGUGAGGAGCAGGAGUAUUUGAAGCAUCGGACAGAGGCCCUGUUGUUACAAUGGGAGAAAGAACAGGAAGUGUUUGUGGAGACGCUGCCGUACAGAAAGGCGCUCAAACAGCUGGAAGAGGUGGGAGUAGUGUUCGUGGUGGGAGAACCCGGGGACGGGAAAUCAGUCAUAGGCCAGAAGCUUUUGCAGCAUUACCAGGGCCAAGGUUAUGAGCCAUACUGCGUCACUUCGGUGGACGAGUUUUUCCAAUGCUGGACUUUACAGCCGAGCAAACCACUGGUCAUUCUUGUGGACGACGUGUUCGGCAAAUUGAACUUCACACCUUCGGAUGCGGCGCAUUGGUGCCAGAUCCGCCAAAUCUGCACCGUCACUGCUGGCAAGAGCAAAUUGAUAUUUACCAGCCGACGACAUUUGUACGCCGAGUUCUGCGAGAAGUUCGUGACUCAGCGGGAAUCAGUCAGUGCUCUUGUGCUCAACCUGUCCGACACGAGCAGCCGUCUCACCACGGAAGACAAGUACGAGAUGCUCCAGGGAUUCUGUGAUGCCAAUAAUGUGAACAUUAUUGUUAGGGAAUUGAAGUCCAUCGCGUCAAACCCGGCGAACACCACCUCAUAUCCAUUUGCAUGCAAGUUUUUCACGUCCGUUGGUGAUUUCAGGAAACGAGGCGGGGAGUUCUUUACAAAACCCGUAGAAAUUUUACAAGAAUAUAUCGAAACCCUUCGCCAAACCAAUAAGACUUCCUAUUUUUGCUUGGUCGUGUUGAUGUUGUCCGGCGGUCAGCUACAAGUGUCGUCUCUGGACGCCUCUCAGACAGAAGAGCAGCAAGCCCGCAUCACGGCCAUCGCCGCCGCCUGCGGCUUACAACAAGGCAGUUGUCCAGGAGAGCUCAAGAAAUGUCUGCUCGGUAUGAAAGGCGUGCUUUUGUACCAAGACGACACCACGCAUAUUGUGGAAUUUUCUCAUGAAAUCGUGGAAGAAGCCGUGGUUGUGAAUUUUGGGAGUCAUAACCCACAGGAACUAUUGACACUCUGCUCAGCGGCGUUUAUUCAGCAGCAUGUAAACGCUGCAGUGAGUAAAACCGGAUUUGUUAUUCAGAUACAACCAGCCAUGUAUAAGAUUCUUGCCAAACGCUUUCUCUUAGACAUUUUAGAAGACAAUGCUGAGUGGGUGUUUAAGAAUCCAGUUGUUUGUGAUGUCAGCUUUCAGAAAAUCUGGUGCAAAGUAUUCAGCGAAAACCUUCCGCUGAUGCACAAAAUACUUGAGAAAGAGAAACACUGUUGGUCACAAGUCAAAGAUGGUAAAUUGAAAGUGGACUGGAACGGUCCUCAGGUUUUGAUGAAAGACAAAAUGACCGGGAAAUCUGUUACGUCUGUAUUUUGUUGGGCUGUUUACUCUGGUGCUCAAGUUAUUCUUGAUUUCUUAAUGGACAGAGUGGAGCAGUUUCUUCCCGUUGAGACUCUCAAAGGCACUUCUCUUCACGGUUCUAUCAUACCUGCUACAAAAGGAAGGCAGACUCUCAAAGAGGCCACACCCAAGAAGGUUCUCAAGUCGCUUGUUUUACAAGCAGAAAUCCAGAACUGUACGCGACCGUCUUUCAUUCAUAUUGCAGCCGGAAGUGGAGAUCUGGACAUGUUGUCCAUUCUACUGCAGCAUCAGGUGGCAAUUACGACCAAAGAUUCGUUUGGGUUGACCCCGACACUGUGCGCAGCCAUGCAUGGUCACACGGAGGCGGUGAAGCUGCUCCUGAAGAGUAGUGAUGCGGCUCUAGUGGCUAGAGAUUCAUUUGGUCGUGGAUUAUUGUACCUGGCUUCACUUCAUGGUAUGCUAGAGAUUGCAGAGAUCAUCAUAUUCAAAGGGGCGGUAACGUCAAAGGAGUCACGUGAUAGCUACGGGAUUACACCCCUCCACUUAUCGGCGUCCAGGGGGGACAACGAGUUGACAGUGCUUUUGAUUAAACAAGGGUUUGACAUUAAAGCCAAAGACUUCCAAGGCUGUACUCCACUGCACCAUUCUAGCGGCGGAGGCUUUGAGAAAACCGUCAAAAUUAUCCUGGAAGCUGAUGCGGAUGUUGAUGCCUUGGACAAAAGUGAUCGGUCGGCUCUUCACCAUGCGUCUCGCGCUGGUGCGGAGAACGUUGUGUCUCUGCUAAUAGAAAGGGGCGGAUCUGUAUCGACGCGAGAUAAGGACGGCAACACAGCCUUACAUCUCGCUGCCCAGUUUGGACACUGUGCCUGUGUGACAGUGCUCACGGAAAAAAGAGCCGAUACUGACGGAAAAAACGCCAGUGGGUGGUCGCCAUUACAUCUGGCGGCACAGGAAGGACGGAACGAUUGUAUUCGGAUGCUUGUGAAGGCGGGAGUGGGUGUGGGUCAGGUAGGGGGAGAAGGUGAGACUGCCCUGCACUGUGCGGCUUCCUAUGGUCACGUUAACACGGUGUUGCUUCUGUUGGAACUCGGUGCUUCUCUGUCCGCUAGAGAUGACAGGGGCUGGACGCCACUUCAUUCGGCAACGUGGAUAGAACAAGAACAAAUCGUCGCCCUCCUUCUGGACAAAGGUGCAAACCCCGCGGACAAAACCAUCACCGGUCGUACUGCACUCGAUUUUGCCGAAUUGUGGCACUCGAAAGACAUGGUUCAGUUAAUGAUGGACAAGCUUGCUGACGAAUGGUGCUGA